AUUCUAGACUAGGAACUUUGAUACGUAUAUAUAUACAUUACGUAGUGCUACAUCAUACAUCAUACUCGUCCUCGCUAAGAGAUAUUAAAAGUGAUUAAAAGUAAAAUUCAGUAAAAUCUAUCUAUUGUACAAUCGUAUACCGUCGUGUAUGUACAUACAUACAGUCGACUGUCUCUACAUGUUGACAAUUUACGACGAAUUUGACAAUUAGAGUUUUAAAACGAAGGUUAGUUUUCAUCUCGGACUUGUCAGGUAAUUUGCCUUCUUCAAGGAUCUUCAAGGAUUAGGACUGCAGUUUUACACUCAACAGUUUACACAGUGGAAACUUUCAAGUCAACAUUUGAUGAAUUAUAUCGCAACAUGUAUCGGCUGAGAAAAGAUCUUUGUUGAAAUCUCUCGGUGGUGGUCGGACAAGCAUCAACAACUAUGACGCGGACCAACAGAAAGAGACGUCGCAACAUGGAAGAAGAAUCUAGCGAGUUUAUGCCAUUGAGUAAACGGAUCAAUAAUCUUCAUAUCAAUGGUUUGUCUGGUCUAUGUGAAAGCACAGUGGAGAACACGGUGGAGAGUAUGGAGACUGAUUGGGAAAGUGGCAUGUUUAUGUUGUCUCCGAGCUGCUCGGAGGCGUCUCAAAAUUCAUCGCCCAGCGGCAGUUGUGGUUCAAGCCAAACCAACUUGACCAGCGAUUACAGGCCGGAUUUGGAUGCGACGGAAAAUCCAUUUUACUACGAGAGCAAUAAAUUGCUCUUUUCCUUAUACAUGGAACGUAUGCAGAGGAGACCAAGUCUGUAUUGACUAAUUAGCCCGUUUGCUGUACCUCCUCAUAUUUCCCCUUUCCAGUCCAUCAUUUGUAUAAUUGUAUAAUUGUAAAGCGUCCGACGUUGCGGCAAUAAAAGAAAUUCAUCGUUAGAAUAGUAAUCUAUUAUUUUAUGGAUAUUAAAGGGAGUAUAUGAAAGACA